AUGAACCAAGAUUUGGACAAGGAGCUGCGUGAGGCGCUUCAGCAGGAUAAGUAUGAUCUCCAACUGUUUCUCCGUUUCCUUAAGAGCUACGUCGUAUCGGGCAGUCAACCGGAAAAACAGCUUUUGCUGGGAAUUUUGCUGCAGGCGCUUCCACGUUUCCACACCAGCGACUUUUCCGCCUGUAUCUCUCUCAUUUCCAGCCACGUGCAGGACGCCUCUUAUAUUGAAAAGGAUAUAAUCCUCAUUUACGAUCUGGAGAAUUACCUCAGUUCGGGUAACUUCCCUCAGUUCUGGCAAGUGUGGCGAGAGUCCGAAGGUACACUCCCAGCGCGGCCAAGCUUCGAGCCAAACAUGCGCGCCGCCAUCCUAACGGUGAUUGGCUGUACGCUUGGACACAUUCAAACCAAAGACCUCAGUGUUUACCUGGGUCUGAAGUCAGGAGAAAAGCUUGAAGAGGUGCUGAGGGAGGCGGCACGCAUUGCGGGUGACGCAGUGCAGCUUGUUGGGGCCGAUGAGCAGGCGGUGGUAUUUCAGAAAUCAGUUUUUAAUGCCCCGGAGAGCGACUCCAAUCAAGAGCUAAAGCGGUUCUCAGAUACUGUCACCAUUGUGUCGUUGUAG